AUUUACCAAGGAAAUAGAUAUUUCGAGAAGAAACUCACAUAAAUAGUUCUACGUAAUGAUAAAAUGGCAGACGAGACAAAAAGGCUUGUGACUAUGGGGGAACAGCAUCCGUUGAAAAACUUCGUGAUUGUUUCCAGACUGUUUGAAAUAAUAAUAGACGAAACAUUUCCUCCUCGUUUGAAUGGGUGGGAUAAGCACGAAAUGAUUAAUUUGUCCUUCGUUUGCGCCGAGUGGGCGUGCGAGGCGAGGAAAUAUAUUCAUCAGCGAGACGAAGACGGCAGAUAUUUCUUUUUGGAUUCCUGGCUCUCGUCUAGGCUAGAUAAUGGUGCUGGGCCGACCGUUGUGGCCCUACUGCCGCCUGCCCUCUGGCCAGCUGUGGGGCCAUGCAUAUCAAAUGUUGACGCGUCAGGGCGCUGUUUGUCAAAAGUAAAGGCUGCAAAGAUUUCAAAACUUGUGCCCGAUUUGGAAAUUCUCAAGGCCUCCGUGGCAUUUUCAAAAAGUUGGUUUGCGAAUGGUGAGUUCUGGCGUUUUUCCGGGGCUUCUGAGAUUCUUGUGGGUCUUUGUAGAAUAUGGGACUAUUCAAUCCACACCGUAUUUGACGGGAGCCUACAAUUUCUGAACGUCAAGGAGCUCACGUUGUGGGUCAACGGGCCUUGUCCUUUUGUUGAAGUGCCCAGCCAAACUUAUCCCGGGCCUGAGUCCAGCUAUGAACUCACACCGGAACAAGAAGUUAGCGAGUCCGAAACAAUGCUAAGGGCGUUCCCAAGGUUGACCGUGUUAAGCCUAAACAAUCACAUUUGCCCUGUUUUGGAAGCCAUUUUAAGCAUGCUUGAAAACGCACCACCAUCGCUUGAAUCUAUCUACCUCGUCGUCCGAUCGGAAUGGGUGACAAAAAAAAUCGUGGCGCAAUACCCGCUCCUGAUGCAACCUCACUGGAUACAAAUUCCUAUCACGAAAAUCUUGUUCCUGGUUUUGGUGGGCAUUGAAUACCCUACAUUUCGGGAUGUAUUUUUCUUCCAGGUUUUACUAAACCAUUGCUCUCUAACUCUGGAGGAAUUGGAAAUUACUGAAUUGACUGCACACAUGGACAGUCCCAAGGUAACAAUUGCCUUUCCAAAGAUGCCUCGAUUAAGAAAAAUAAAGCUGGUCCAGAUGCCUUGGCCACCGCACAUUUGCUACCGAUAUUUUACCCCCCAAGUGCAGGACGAUGACCCCGCGAUCCAAUUUCCAUCACUAGAAGAACUUCUCUUCGAUGGAGUUCAAUGCUAUCAAUCAAGCGAAAAAUGUUACGAUCUGGACGCCACCUUGUUCAUGAUUGAAGCCCUAUUCCCGUCAGAGACCAAGCCUUGCGAGUCGUUACAAAUGUUGUCAAUUUUUUCCGGGGUGCACGAUGAGGUGUGGCAGAAUGACGAAGAUAUAAUGCGGCUACUACCUCCUCCCAUGGGGCAUCUUGAAGUUGAGAAGAAUCAUUUAUGUCAGGCAUUACCAAGCACGAUUGCACGUUUUAAAGGAAAAAUAUUAUCCAGAUUUCCGAAUUUAGUGACGGAAUGUGAAAAUUAUAUCGCUUCGAUUUAGAAACAAAUAUGUACCCACAGAAUUUAGCGUUGUAAAGUUAGAAGUAUUUAGCUCACUCAGUAGUAAUGAUUUGGAUAUAACUUUGAACCAUUAAUAUGGAAUAAGCUGCCAGAAUGGAUCCAUGUUUUUGAUACGAUUUUGCACAAAUAGAAUCUCACAAUUGAAUUGCGAAAUUCUCACUUUUUUACCUGCAAGCUAAAUAAAUCCGUUAAAACGUUGAGAAGUAAAUAGUUACGGGUGAGUCCCUACACGCAAAACACAAAUUGGUCAAAUCAA